AUGGCUCGUCUGGCCUCAUCCAGCACGGGGUUCACGGCGUCAUCAGGAGAUGACGCCGACGUUUCUCUGUCACCUCUGGAUCCCUACGCACCCAACUUCCAUCGCCGAAGCCAUACAGGCGUGGACGGGCCUCGCCGUGCUGACAAAACGUUGAAUCGAUCCUGCUCGGACUUUCAGUCACAUGGCGUCAGCAGCAACCUCUACGCUGGCGACUUGCAUGACACAAUGUGGUUUGGAGCGAAACUUCGUGCUCGUCGAGCCAAAGACGACGUGGCUGCUCUAGUGGAUUUUCUGAAGAAUCAUCCGCCGCCGCCUGACAACUUCAUGUCAGUACCAUACGAGGAUGAGGUGGAUAGCCGCGGAAGGUGGUCCAAGAUCAAGAAAAUGGGACGGAGGAGUAGGUCGAUGCCCAAGCAACCCCGACACAUCCAACUACCAGACUCGGCAGUUGCAGGCGUCACCACUGGAGGGCAUAGACACAUCGCCAUCUCGAUUCCGAUUGAAGCAACUCCGUAUGGGUUGGAGACACGGUCUCAGUAUCCUGUCUUCACUCACGACAUGCAAAUGGGGACACCAAGCAAAGAAUCGAUCAGGACGUUCAGGAAUUCAAAGGGCGUUGUUACCGUUCUGCGACCCUUGACCCAGGUGUACGAAUCCGAUGCUGGCUCGGUUACUAAAUCUCGAUGCUCAGAUCUGAACUCCCAGGGACGCCGUCCUCCUCCAUUACCGCCGCACAAGCCCACGAACAGCUUGACAUGCCAACCCUACGAUUACAUUGGGACUCUCCCAACGAAAUUCGAUUCGCCAUUACUUGAUGACAGCUCGGCGCCAUGGCACAUCCCGCCAACUUCCUCGAAAGACGAAGGCGCGGCAAGCAAACAAAAUCCGGCAGCGUUUCGCCUCUCGUCCUGUCCCGCUCGAGCUUCUAGCACGGCUGGCAAUCGAUCGGUGAGAUAUCCGCCAUCUAUUGAUGGCUUAAUAUCACCGCAGGGUCAGAUUGCGGAAGCGAGCAAUCGUGCGUGGCUGAGAUACUUUCCCAACUCGUUCGCCGAUGCUCCACAACGGGCACAUUCGUCAAAGAACAGAAAGCCUUUGGAAAGGACCACUAUUGCUGCUAGAAGGUCAGAAUCAGGGCCGGCGUACAACAGAGACUUUGGCCCGGCACCGAGCCGGUAUAAUAGUCAAACGCGGGAAACAGCCCCAACAACAGAUGGUCUUGGCCCGUCACAGGAAGAGGACCAUCGACCCACAAGCUCAGGUUCAGCGCGCAGCAGAAAAGAUAAAGUCAGAGAGAAGAAGCGACGCGACAUUGAGGCGGCCAUGUGGAAAGUAAAAGUGAAAGCUCAGCAGCAAAAAGAUGCUUCCCAUGCGAUGCAGCGACCAUCAAUUGCCCAGCCAUCGGCGCGACCAGCUGCAAAGGCUUCAGAUGAGGCGUCAACUGCUCUGCCGAGCCCGUUAACCUUGGCCUUGAGUGAUCUCAUGGUGGUGAUGGAUGUCGAGCCGUACUCUGUCGACGACGAAAAGGACGAACCUGUCCGACCAAAGACCGCGCCUGCAAUGGAGUCUCGGGAGGAGAGUUCGGAGACACGAGUGUCCCCAACCGCUGUCGAAAAACCAAGUAACACUGCCGCACUGUCGAUGUCCACGCGUGAGCCCCAGUCACAGCAAGGUGGCGCGUCAGACCGCACGUCUCUGACCCGUCGACGGGAAUGGAAGGCUGUCAGGGAACAGGAGCGGAGGGCACGCGAUGCCAUGGCAGUGGCUAGAGCAAGAGCACAACAAUUGGCCUCGGGUGGGUUGGCAUAUGAGAACGGCGCGGUUUCCCAGGCAGACAAGGAGGUGAUGCGCUUGUAUGAAGCACACAGGGAGCAUCGGUUGCGAGACAUGGAGCGCCGGCUCAGUAGAUUGGAGCGCAAUGGGGAUGUCUGGCUACAAGCCCUUGUGCCUGUUUUGGAGCACAUGAACAGGACCGUGGCAUCUUCCAGGGACGGACCAAUAGAGGACAUUGGGAACUGGGCCUCGGAUGGCAAGGCUUCGGGCAUGACGGCAAGAAAUGGCCAGGUUGCGGAGACGAAGCGGCUGACGCGGCGCCCUAGCUCAUCGCACGCCAGACUGCUAGGAAGGCUGACGGAUUAUCCAUGCUACGACGAUGGGUGGAGUGGCAGUGCGAGCAGGAUAGCCGACGCAAGCGGGCUGGGGACGAUUGAGCCGCUGAUGAGGGAGUUGGCGGGAGAGGCAAGGCGGCGGCAGGAAACGACGCAAUCGCCAGUGGCGACGAAUGGCGGACAGUUUCAUGCCAUGUGA